GGACAAAUCAUAUGGCUGUAGCAAUAUCCACAUCUUUUGCUUUACCGGUUUACCACGGUUUGAGUGAACCGGCCGGUUCAUUCAUCCUUAAACCUUGUUACUCAAGCCCAAAACCCCUCAAGAACAAAGAAAAAUUUACACCAAUUUUUUGACAAAGUAUAUUAAAAUCCAGAAAAGAGCAAUGUUAGAAAGCAGAUUAAUUUCGAUUUUUAGGAGAAACAAAGAUUUGGGUGUCAAGAUUUCAUCAAAUCUUGGAAAAUGGGGUUUUACAGCAACCAAAAAAAUGUCAAAUGAAGGUUCAUUUUCUACAUUGAAUCAGUAUAGGCACUUUUCUGCUAUCCCAAAAGUUGGUUCUUGUAGUGGAAAGUUUAUUAGUAGGACUUUUGUUAACUGUGGUUUAAGAUCCUUCCAUUGUCUUAAUCAAAAGGGUGUGCAUAGAACGUCUUUUAGAAAAAUUUCUACCGUGGCAGCUUCUGCAGCUGAAAAUAAGGAGGGAUUGAAGUUCCUUGUAACUGCUGGACCUCAUGCCCGGAAGGUGGUUGGCAUAUGGCUUUUUGCAUCUGCCGCUUGGGUCUUCAGUAUGGUUGUACUCGGUGGUAUGACACGGCUAACCCGUUCUGGUCUAUCAAUGACGGACUGGAAAUUCACUGGGAGCCUUCCUCCUCUAACAGAUGAAGAUUGGUUGGUUGAAUUUGAGAAGUACAAGCAAUCCCCGGAAUACAAAUGUGUGAACAAGGGGAUGAGCGUUGAGGAUUUCAAGUUCAUAUAUUGGAUGGAAUAUGCACACCGAAUGUGGGGGAGGGCCCUUGGUAUAAUGUUUGCACUUCCAUUCUCAUAUUUUCUCCGUAAGGGAUACAUAACAGUAAGACUUGGACUUAGACUCUCUGGACUCUUUGCUCUUGGCGCUGGACAGGGGCUCAUAGGUUGGUGGAUGGUGAAAAGUGGUUUAGAGGAGCCAGCAUCUAAGUAUGUUGAACCAAGAGUAAGCCCCUACCGUCUUGCAGCUCAUCUUACCUCUGCAUUUGCUAUUUAUUGCGGACUCUUCUGGACGGCUCUUUCUGUUGUCAUGCCUGAACCUCCUGCUGAAUCACUUGCCUGUGUUCGUGGGGCUGCAAAAGUUAAGCGGCUUGCACUUCCUGUGGGUAUACUUGUUGGAAUUACUGCUAUCUCUGGAGCUUUUGUUGCUGGAAAUGACGCCGGCCGGGCAUUUAAUACUUUUCCAAAGAUGGGAGAUACAUGGAUUCCAGAUGAUAUCUUCAGUAUGAAGCCUCUUAUGCGCAACUUUUUUGAGAAUACAUCAACAGUUCAGCUUGAUCAUCGUAUACUUGCUACUGCUACUUUAGCUGCAAUAGGCGGAUUAUGGUAUUCAACCAAAAAGCUGGAUAUGCAUCCUGCAGUACGACAUUUAAUUGGAAGCACCGUGGGCAUGGCUGCUCUGCAGGUCACAUUGGGCAUAUCUACUCUUCUUUCCUAUGUCCCAGUUUCUUUAGGAACUGCUCAUCAAGCAGGAGCAUUGACUCUUUUAACAUUCAUGAUCCUGCUCAAUCACACUGUGCGGCGACCUUCCCCGUCACUUCUAAAGACAUUACCUUCAGUCGCGAAGAUGGUCUGAUGAUAUUGAUACCACAACUUCUUAUAGAGCAUCAACAUUGUUAGGCAUUUUAAAUUUAAAAAAGUGCAUUUUUUUUUU